AUGCCAGUAUACCGCGUAAGAUACGCUCCGUGGAUUCCGUUUGUGGACCCAAUUGUGAAAGAAAAUGGCACGGUUGAACUCGGUGGAAUAGCUAAAGAUGUCUAUGAAGCAAUGAAGAUUUUCAUGACCUUCGAUUACGAAUCAACCUAUCAGACUGACAAUAUCUAUGGCGCUAAAGUGAAUGGGACGUGGACCGGAAUGAUUGGAUCUAUGGUGAAUAAUGAAUCGGAUAUAUCGGGACCUUAUUACAUAGAUGAAGCCAGAGCUAGUGCAAUGGAAUUUAGUGUGCCUGUGGCAUACUCUCCGCUCACCUUAAUAUCAGGAUUAGUAUCCAGCAACAAAGACCCUUUUCUCAUUUUGGCUCUUUUCUCAGUACCGCUUUGGCUCUCUAUUCUCCUGUCGACAGUUGUAGUUUCUGUGACAGCCACUUUGAUCUACCAAGUUUUGCCAUUUCCUGGAAAACGAGGAAUACUAGCAACAUUUUCAAAAUAUUUAUGGGCCUUUCAAUUAGGUUUAAUUGGAAAAGACUUUGGCGACGAUAAGAGAUGGUUCAUAAAGCAUGUGUGUUCGUCUCCCAGUUUCCGACUUCUUCAAAGCCUAUGGUUUACUGCUGCCUGCCUGGUUAUCAUGUACACGUAUCAAGGGGCCAUCGUCUCAGCUUUUGCCGCGGAUAGACUGAAACCCCGAGUUUCGAACAUAGAAGAAUUAUUGAAGGAAAGUAAACUGGGAAUUAGUACCUUCAAGAAUUCAUAUCCCAUGGCUUUUUUCAAAAGAUUGGUAAACACAAGUUACGAAUCACUGUGGCAUCGAAUGGAGCACAAUAUGGUGGGGCCACCGAGUAAGGGGGACAUCCCUUACUGGCUGGAUUUGAUAGAAGAAGGAAAAAUCAUUUUUGUUGCUGAUCCGUGGUGGUUGAAGAACGUCAUCGGAGAGCGUUUCUUAAAGACCGGAAAAUGUGGACUCAGAAUGACCAACACGGAAUUUGGAGCUUCUUAUAUGUCCUUCGCUUUCAGAAAAGAACUGCGCAAUCGAAGCAUUUUCAAAAAUUUCAAUAAAGGUGUACGGAGAUUCACGGAGGGCAGUCUACACCACCGUCGAAUGAUCACUUCCUCUCUCUAUUACGACAUUUGCACAGGUGAAAGCACAACUGUAGUGGACCCUUUGCACCUCAGCGACCUGAUUGGUGCUUUCAUUAUAUUCGGCAUAGGAAACGGCCUCGCAUGCAUUCUCUUUGCUCUGGAAAAUUUUUACGAAUUUAAAAAGAACUGGCAAGGAAACGUGAAAAGCGUUUAA